ACACGGAGGAAAGAGUGAGCGGAGGUGCGACUCACAAAUGAAGGUAGUUUCACAAAUUUUCGUUCUGUAGCGCUGUCCAGUGGAUGAUUGGACGGACAGGUGGUGCGCAAGAUGCCUUCUAUGUGGGCUGUGACCAGGUGUCCCAGCUCAUCCUUAUUGGGGUCCCCGCUCUGGAAAACUUUACAAAUGAGCAAACUGCAGACGGUGUUCGCCCUUAUGCUCAUGUUCCUGCUAGGUGGGUUGCUCUUUGGCUUCUCUGCGCUCAGAGACGUUGGAUACUAUGGAUCCCGAUACUACACCGACAACAGUUGGGAUAAAACCUCUUCAUUUCGAUGGAUACUGCCCUCCAAAGAAGACUCUGGGGAGGAUUGGGGUGUUUGGAGUGGGAACUACACUCCGUUGCCGUGGAGAGCAGAGUACAUGGGACAAGCCAACCUCCAUGUUUUUGAUGAGUGGUGUGGCAGCUCAGUGGAUUCCCUCCGCAAGAACGUGCACUACCCUCUUCACCCACAUGUCAGGACCACAGUCAAGAAGCUGGCAUUGGCCCCACAACAGCUUAAUUAUGGCCUUCGGUUAUUUGGCUACAUACAUCCUCCUGCUGACGGAGAGUACGUGUUUGCAUUGAGCUCGGACGAUAACUCAGAGCUGUGGCUGAGCACGGACCAUUCCCCUCUGAACCUGCUGCUCCACGCCUGGAUCGGGAAGACUGGUGCUGAAUGGACAGCUCCUGGAGAAUAUGAUAAAUAUAUCCACCAGAAAUCUGUACCUAUAAGGCUGUCCUCUCAGAUGAAGUAUUUUUUUGAGGUGAUUUUCAAACAGAAUACGGGCAAUGACCAUGUAGCAGUGGCAUGGAAGCUCCUGAACCAUACUCAGGAUUUUAAGAUUAUUCAGUCCGAUCACAUCUCACUCUAUGUCGAUGAGUCGUCUAAAGUCAUUGGUGAUAUUGCUCACAUCCCUCAGACAGCUGCCAGCCAUGAACAGCAUCAGGGCAAAAAGCAGAGCAUAAUCCCAGAUAUGCAGAGGGAAGACCUCAGGGACACUUUGUACCAAGUGCCUAUGGUAAACGUAAGCGUUGUGAGUGGGCUUUUGCCAGACUGUGAGUACAACCCCAGUUAUACCCUCAAAGGCCAGAGAUUGGGACGCUACCAAGGACUCAACUAUGUCCACUUGUCCUAUAUUUAUCCCAAUGACCACACCCGGCUGACCCACAUGAAUGCAAAAUGCUACUAUAGCAUCAAGCCGGAUGCAUUUGCUAACAACAUGGUUCUGGACAGUCCAGUUAAAAAAGAUCCCUCUAGGGAAAACCAUGGCCGCAAAGUUCUUUCUGUUGACACCAACUAUGAAGACCUUGCUAAAUCAAGAGACAGAAAAGUUUUUAUGACAAAGUCAAAAACUAAAUCAAAACAUAAAAAAGCUGUACACAGAAAUCAACUUGGACCAGAGAAAAGUAUAAAACCAUCACAGCAGGUUUUUUUUAGAAGAGUAAAGAUACUGACAAAACCAGUCAAAGCUCCAGAGCCAGAGAUCCAAAACACAGCGCUUGACCCCUCAAACUUUGGAGACCUCAGGUUUGAUGGAUGGGACCAGUUGGGGAAACCAGUAGUGCAGAGUAUGCCUAUAGACGAGAAAGAUAAAAGUCUAGCUAAAUGGACACAGACGUUCCAGGUAAAGCCCAUGAACUACCAGGGCCAGAAGUCACAUGCCCUCAACAUGGACUGCAGAGUGACUGGGAACAUCCAGGCUCAGGAGACCGAGGUGCAGAGCAUAGUGAGGGCCUACAUGGACAAGAUCACCCAGAGGAAUGGACGGUGGACUCUGGUGCAUGUGACCAAUGUGGUGCUGAAUGUUGACUUGCACAAGGGAAGGCGGUACCUUGUGGAGCUGUUGGUGAGAGAUGAGACUGGCACACUCCGUCGGCUCUCAGAGUACAUCUAUGCCCAGGGGACCUCCAACCUGUUCUCCGAGCCCCCCAGACUCUGCUACCCCACAGGCUUCAGCUGGAAUCCUCAGGCCACUGUACACUUUGUCAUACCAGUGAAAAACCAGGCCAAGUGGGUGCAUCUGCUGAUCAAAGAUGUGGAGACGCUUGUGAGGGAGACCGGAGAUGCCAACUUUAACCUGAUCCUCACCGACUUCAGCAGCUCUGAUAUGGACAUGGAACAAGUUUUAGCCAAAUCCCAAAUCCCACGGUAUCAGUAUAAGAAGUUAACUGGUAACUUUGAGCGCGCUCGGGGUUUGCAAGAAGGCAUCAAUCUUAUUAAAGAUCCGCACAGCAUCAUAUUUCUGUUUGAUCUGCACAUCCGCUUCCCUUCUCACAUUAUUGACCUUAUAAGGAAGCACUGCGUGGAAGGACACCAGGCCUUUGCACCCAUUGUGAUGAGGUUGGAGUGUGGUGCUUCACCAUUAGAUGCCAGAGGUUUAUGGGAAGUCCAAGGCUUUGGACUGCUGGGGAUCUACAAGUCCGACCUGGAAAAAGUAGGAGGGAUGAACACCAGAGAAUUCAAAGACCACUGGGGAGGAGAGGACUGGGAACUACUUGACAGAAUUUUGAUGAGUGGGCUGGAGGUUGAGCGGUUUUACAUGAGGAACUUCUAUCACCACUUCCACUCCAAACGGGGCAUGUGGUUGACCAAUCAUCGCUGACCAAUGUCCGAUAACCAACCCUCACCGACUAAACAUCUCCCACUUAAUGUUUACAUUUGGGGUGGGACACUACCACUAGCUAAUCUUUGUGGUACUUUUUGACAGAGUAAAUAACGGUAAUAUAUUUCUACUGGCCAGAGCAAAAUAACUAUAAUCAACAUUGUAAAGAUUUUAAAAACAUGAAUUAACAGAUUUAUUUUAAAUCACCUUAACAGUGGCAGCUUUUUAAAAUUAUUUGCCACAUGGAACAAAGAGAAGUAGAGUUUUUUCUCAAAUCAAGUCUUGUUUACAGCAAUGAGAUAACUGACAGAAGACAUUGUAAGGGCUGGCAGCUAAGAUCAGCUUCAAGGACAGAAUGCGUGAUUAUGUGCACUUAACUGGCCCUUGAACUAAAUGAGAGACUAACCUAGGGGUCAAUCAAUGCAUAAAAAGUCUGGUUAGAAUUAGAAAUGUACAGUAGGCUAUAUUGCAGUACAUGAAGGUAGGUAGUACUCACAUUUAUUCAAGUAUAUUUGCUGAGACACCAAACUAAACUAACUUAAGUAGUAUAUUUUUGUUUAACAGUGCUAUAACUUGCGUAAAGAUUUUGAUUUUUUAUGUUUCAUUCUUAAAAUUACAUAAGCCACAGAUUUUAUAUCACAUGUUUGUUAUUACAGAAAACAAACAGAUACUUUUGCAGUUACUCAUACUAAUUUCUUGAACCACUGGACAGUAAUUAAAGCUGAAAUAUUUAAGUCCAAAUGAAUGUACCAUUUUUCUUUAAGUUUUAAGAGGGGAUUAUUUGAAAAUAUAUAUAUUUAAAGAAAGGUUAAUGUAAAUGUAAUUUGUAGUAUAUAUUAAU